UGUGUGGGGGGGCAGAGGCUACAGCUCUGUGGAUGAACCCCCGGGGAGCCCAACACUCUGCAUGGUGCAAACAAGUUCCAAAACUGUAUGUACAGGGGAUGGGAUAUCCCGACUCAAUAAGUUGUCAAAAGACGCACAGAACUUCCAAAGAACGAGCAGACCUUGAAGCGGCUUGUGCGGUGCGUUCACGGCAGAUUGUGUCCUCCAUCCUGUCCCGCGGAGAGCGGAGAACCUGUGAGGAGUUCAGGCUCACCCUGGACGUGUUUCAGGAGGAGGCUGCUGGUCCAUGUGGACGCCCUGCAGCAGGCUACACUUUGAUGCGUUCACGAGCCGCUCGGAAAGCUCGACACCCACGGUUUAGUGGGAGGUCCCAAUGUGUGGAUAAUUGGGAGCAGCUACGUUCGACGUGGGGAAGAAAGAGCCAGACACACCAUGGAAAGCAGCCUGGGUCUCAAUUGCCGUGUGUGGUGGUUUGGCAAGGGUGGUCUGAGGUGGAGGAACCUUCUGCCCUUUUUCUAUCAGUCCUUUGGAGGAGGAACAGUCCCGGAUGUCCUGCUCAUCCACUGUGGCGGCAACGACCUUGGCAACAUCAAAAGUGUGGAGCUUGUCACAGCGAUGAAGCAGGACCUGCUUUCCCUCAGUGACAACAUCUCAGAGAUGAAGAUAAUUCUAUCUUCUAUCAAUGAGAGAUGUCACUGGAGGAAAGCCAAUCCAGGAAAGCUGAACAAGGCCAGAAUGUGGGUGAACAGAGAGAUGGGUACAUUUGUUAGUAGUUUGGGUGGAGAGAGUGUAAGGCAUCCUUGCAUUAAGUUUGACUGCCCUGGCAUAUUUCUAAGAGAUGGAGUUAAUUUCACCAAUUUGGGAAAUGAUAUGUUUUUAAGUGACAUUAAACAGUCCCUUGAGGCAGUGGUUCCCAACCUGGGGGGUGCGCCAGGCCUCAGAUGAUUUGAGGCCAAAUAUCAUAUUUA